CAAGCGCUGGACACGCGAGGCUCACUCUCGUCCCCGCGCCUGAUUUUGCCUGUCAGAAAGCCGCCCAAUCGCCCCCAACUCCUAAGCCCUCGGUUGCCCGUGCGGAGCGCGUUCGCGCUACACGGACGCGUCUACACCGUCUGGCCUCACCGCCUACUCGCGUCGUCAAAACAAGAAAGCCGCCUGACAACCCCCAAAGUUCCAACUUUAGGCAUUGCCAGUCUGCGCCCACCUGACGUCAACAAGUCUAGACCCGUUUCAAUUUGACAACAACGCCGACUAGACAACUAUCACCUUCGUUCACGCGCCAGUCCCGUCUUUUUCGAGCACGCGACUCUGGCCGCCCAACAAUCUAGGCGCGUCCCUACCGUUCGCUAAUCUCAGCCUUAUCGUCCACGAUGAUCAGACGGGGUCGAUCCGAAGGCUGGCUCAAGCUUUCGACGUCUGCCCUCAGACCGUGGGCGGAGUUCAACGACGUUCGUUUCAAUGCUGUCUCGGUUGGGCCUCUCCCCGGCUUCGAGCACCGAGGUUCCACCGUCAUUGCGGAAAGAGAUCUAGCUGGCGGCAAUGAAGAACCUCUUAUGAUCAUUCCUCACGACCUCGUGAUUUCUCUCGAGGCUGUGCGCGUGCAUGCAAAGUCAGACCAGCACCUUCGGGAGGUGCUAGACGCACUAGACGAUUUCGGAAGGACAGCCAGGAUAUCAAUUCUAGUUUUCCUUCUUAUGCAAGCUACUGCAUGCUGUCCAGCUAUCAAAGGCAAGAUUGGUGUACAUAAUCCACUGACAGAAUAUGUUAAAUUCCUACCCGACGAACUUCUACCGACAUUCUGGACAGAGGAAGAGCGCGAACUUCUCAUCGGCACUACACUAAAGCCAGCCAUUGAAGCCAAGCUCAACAGUCUUAAUAGAGAGUUUGAAAAACUGCGCUCUGCAACAAACAACAUAGCUUGGUGCGCGGAGGAAUGGUGGGAUGAUGUGGAUGGAAACCUCUCUUUUGAUGACUGGCUUCAGGUGGAUGCCAUGUACCGCUCUCGCGCACUGGAAUUUCCCGGAAUAGGCGACAGCAUGGUUCCCUGCAUUGACAUGGCCAACCAUUCAAGUGGCGAAGCGACCAUUGCCCUCUACGAGGCAGAUUCUGAGGGUAAUGGUGCACUCCUCCUCAGAGAUGGAAAGAAGUUGAAGAAGGGCGAUGAGAUCACUAUAACCUAUGGCGACAAGAAAGGAGCUUGUGAGAUGGUUUUCUCAUACGGCUUUAUCGAGGACUCUAUGGACACAGCACAUGAGCUCUUCCUCGAUCUGGAUAUUCCGAAUGACGAUCCUCUUAAACGUGCUAAAAUGCACAUAAACACUUCCGCGCCUGGUUUCCGUCUCUGUGAUGCCGAAAGAGCCGAGGGAAAGACUGCUUCAACGCACUGGUACAGUGACUUCGUCUGGCUAGUUGUCGUAAAUGAAGAGGAUGGGCUAGAGUUUGAAGUCGUCCAAACCACCGACGGAGGAAGAGAACUUCAAGUACAGUGGGACGGUCAGAGACUCGUGGAAUCUGACAAGCUAGUCGACCACCUCCGCAACCAUGCCAUGUGGGAUCUUUUCCAACUGCGUGCCGUAUCUAUGCUUCAAGAACGGGUGGAAAAGCAACUUUUGCUGUUACACGGUUCCGAAGAAGACGUACAGACAGCUCAGAAAGGAGAAGGGACCCAGAUCAGACCUGGAGUAUGGAGUUUGAUAGAAAGGUUGAGAGGCCUGGAAAGAGAUCUCUUGGAGAGGGCGUACGGAGACCUCGAAGAUGAGAAGGAGAAACUCAUGAGCACAGACGUCGUGCAACAAUACUUGACGGCUAUGGCUGAAGACAAUGGCCCCGAGGAAGAUUUCUCAUAACGACAGACUAGCGAAUGAACGGCACAUUGUGGGAGAUACUCUGCCCUACAGUCGAAACUGGUUAUACCGUUUGAGCUUGACAUCAGCUUCACAUUAAAAAAAAAUGUUUACAAUUCAGCUCCCUUUAGCAUUCAUUGUCUACGAGGUUUCUCGCUCUAUACCGGCUGAAGUAUACGAAAAGUUACACAAACCAUAUCCGGACAUACCGAUGAAUACCUUUUAAACAGUUAGAUACUACUAAUCAGC